GAUGACGAUUUAUGUACAAACAUUCUUGUGAACCGUACUGCAGAGAAUGUUUACAUAACAACUUUUCCAACCCUAUCAGAAGUACCUUUUUACUCCUUAUUAGAACUAGAAGCCCUAAAAGAACUGCACAUUUCAAAUGACAUGGAAUUGAAUGCGAUUCAUUUCAAGAACUACUGCACCCCCCUUCUGCAGAGGUUUGGAGACACCCUCACCACCCUCCACCUUGGACAGCUGGAGUACAUCAGUAUACAACAGAUUAGGGAUGAGUGUACUAAGUUACAAGAACUAAGCCUACUUUGGAAUCUGAAUUAUAUUGAAGAAGAAAAUGAACCAAGAUACACAUACUUCCCUUCACUUCACACAGCAAAAAUAUUCUCAGUUGAUAUUGAUCUAGGUACAGUGAGAACAAAAUUAAGCAGACUUUUUUAAUUCGAAUUUUCCAUU